AUGAGUAAAGAAAAUUUCCGCUUUUAUAUUAAAGUACGCACAGCACUUAAUAUUCCACUAGGAGUGGUUUAUGAUGAACUGUAUUGUGUAUGUGGUGAUCAAGCGCCUUCCUAUGCAACAGUUAAAAGAUGGCCUAAAUGGUUUCAUGAAGGCCGAGAAGAAGUUGAAGAUGAAGCACGACCUGGCAGACCUGUUACCGAAACAACAUCGGAAAAUAUUGAACAGGUCCACCUUCUUAUCGAUGAUGAUCCUCACAUUACAAUAGAAGAGGUGCAAGAGCAAACUGGUUUAAGUCAUGGUACCGUUCAGCGAAUCAUCACCAAUCAUUUAAACCUUAAGAAGGUUACCGCUCGUUAUAUACCCGAGGAUUUGACUGACUUUCAACGGGCCGAACGAGUCCGAAUAUGCCAACAAAAUUUGGCAAAGUUUCAAGAAGGAUCAUGGCGUUUAUGUGAUAUAAUAACUGCAUGGGUAGGAAGAGGAGAUCCUCCACCUACUGUAGUUCGACGUAGUAAGUUUGCUCCAGGAACUUUAUUCUCCAUCUUUUUUAAGUCAAAUGGUUCUGUUUUCAUUCAUCGUGUGGAACGGGGAGAAGUUAUUGACCAUCAUUAUUACAUCAACAAUUGUUUACGACCUCUUGUUGAUGAAAUUAAACGUCAAAGACCUUCAUAUGGCACUAGUCGUAUUAAAAUUCAUCAUGAUAAUGGAAGGCCACAUAUUCAUAAAGAUGUGUCCGAUUAUCUUGAAUCGGAAGGUCUCACAAUAAUACCACAUCCACCGAACUCUCCAGAUUUAUUACCAUGUGACUUUUGGUUAUUCGACCUAAUUAAAGACAAUAUGACUGAUAAAAAUGAUUCAGAAUCAUUAUACAAUGCUGUGAGCGAGUUCAUGUAUUCUAUAAAUAAAGAAGAAUAUAGAAAAAUCUUCGAGAAAUGGAUUGAAAGAAUGCAAUUGCGUAUAGAUAACCAAGGUGAUUAUUUUGAACAUUUGAUAAAAUAA